GAUAUAAUUCAUUUGUCUUUCACCUUCUGUUUGUGUUCGGUUCAGUCUCAUUUUUAUCCAACAGUCGGGGACCCUGUCCAUAGCCGCUCAAAUGUCUCAAGCUGAAGUUGACCUCUAUGAGGUCCUCGGAAUUGCCAACAGCGCAAGCAAAGAUGAGAUCCGCAAGGCUUAUCGCAAGGCUGCGCUCGCAAGUCACCCCGACAAAGUCCCCGAGGCCGAACGUGAAGAAGCCGAGAUCAAAUUCAAGGCCGUCCAGGAAGCUUACGAUAUCCUCUACGAUGAAGACAAGCGUCAUCUAUAUGACACACAUGGAAUGGGCGCUUUCAACGGGUCUGGAGAGCCCGGUAUGGGCGCAGGCCCCGACCUAGAUGAUAUCCUGGCGCAGAUGUUCGGUGGUAUGGGUGGCAUGGGCGGUAUGCCUGGAAUGGGUGGUAUGCCUGGAGGCCCGCGCGCGAAUAAACCACGGAGAAGCCCGAACGAGGAACAAAAGUAUGAAGUCAAGAUGGAAGAUCUGUACAAGGGCAAGACUGUCAAGUUUGCGAGUACGAAGAACGUAAUCUGCAGUUUGUGUCAGGGCAAGGGAGGCAAGGAGAAAGCGCAGGCCAAAAAGUGUGCUACUUGCGGCGGACAAGGUGUCAAGCAGGUCUUGAACCAGAUGGGACAGUUUCUUACCACUUCCACUGUGCCGUGCUCAACCUGCAAUGGAGAGGGUGAAUUCUUUAGCCCCAAGGACAAGUGUAAGAAGUGUAAAGGAAAGAAGACAACGGAGGAGAGGAAGAUUCUGGAGAUCUACAUUCCUCGGGGAGCAAGAGAAGGAGAUAAAAUCAUUCUUGAGGGUGAAGCCGAUCAAGUACCAGGACAAGAGCCCGGUGAUAUCGUGUUCCAUAUCGUGGAAGAAGACCAUCCUGUUUUCAGAAGGGCUGGAUCAGAUUUGACCGCUACCAUUGAUGUUACAGUGGCUGAAGCCUUGACAGGCUUUUCUCGAGUUGUGGUCAAGCACCUCGACGGCCGGGGUAUUGAACUGCAACACCCCAAGAAGCCGGGCGAUGUUCUGUCCCCAGGACAGGUCCUUAAGGUUCCUGGAGAGGGUAUGCCCAUGAAGCGCGGCGACGAACGCGGCGACCUGUACCUGGUCGUCAACGUCAAGUUCCCAGACCAGAACUGGAAGCCUAGUCCCGAGGUCCUGGAGAAGCUCAAGGAGAUUCUGCCCAAGCCCGACGCCCCGAUUCAGGCUGACACUGUAGACGAAGUCGACUAUGAUCCCAAGGGUGAUCUGGAUGAAUUCGGUGCCAAGGACGCUCACGGCGGCUCUGCAUGGGAAGAUGAUGAUGAUGAGGGUGAGCCGGCUCAAUGCGCGGCCCAGUAAAGGCCAAAUUUCCGUGUCUUCUUGCAAUUAUACCUUUACCGUUUUGUGCAUUCGUCGAUGAAUAGAUCUGUUGGAUGCAUUUGGGCCAGUUCUUCUCUGGCAUCAUGGGCGUUCACGGGAAAACACUUGUUAUGAACAAAGUGGGGAAAAUUAUCCGUAUUGACUUAUGACUGUUGCUUAACCAUAUUUUCAGGGCGUGAAUAAUGCAUGUUAGUACUAGAAUACAUAGACCAACUCAGCUUCACGGAA